AUGCCCUCCAUCGCGGAGCGCAUGGCAAGCUACGCCAAGUCCCUCGCCUCGGACGGGAACGGCAACCCCACCCUCGACGCGGCAGACAUGAGCCACGCGGACGCGAUUCCUCCGACGCCCGGUCGCGGGGACGAGGAGUAUCUCUGCAACAAUUUCCGCCUGGACCCGAGCGCGGACUUCGGGAUGUGCAAGUGCGGCUACAAGAAGAUCGACCACCCCGUCGUCAACCCAGAGUGUGCGGAGAAAGUAGAACCAAUCGAGAGGUGGCAGAAGCCGCCGUGUGUGACACAUAUUGCGGCACGCGUUUCAAACAGCAAACGGGACGGCCUGCGCAGCCUCUAA